GUCGGCAGCCCCGGAGCGCGCCGGACGGCGGCGGUGGCAGCCAGAGGGGAAGGGGCGGCAGUGGCUUGAACAGCGGGGUUUGGGCCAUGGCGGCGGCGGCGACGGUGCCAGCGGGGGCCGAGGCCGCGGCGGGGGCGGAGUCGGCCGAGGGGCCCCCGGGGCCGGCAGCAGCGCUGGAGCUGUGGCUCAAUAAAGCCACAGACCCAAGCAUGUCGGAACAGGAUUGGUCAGCUAUCCAGAAUUUCUGUGACCAGGUGAACACUGAUCCCAAUGGCCCAACCCAUGCACCCUGGCUACUGGCCCACAAGAUCCAGUCUCCACAAGAGAAAGAAGCUCUUUAUGCGUUAACGGUGCUGGAGAUGUGUGUGAACCACUGUGGGGAGAAGUUCCAUAACGAGGUGGCUAAAUUCCGCUUCCUCAAUGAGCUGAUCAAAGUGUUGUCCCCAAAGUACCUAGGGUCCUGGACCACGGAAAAAGUUAAAGGAAGAGUCAUUGAAAUACUUUUUAGUUGGACAGUCUGGUUUCCAGAGGAUAUCAAGAUCCGAGAUGCUUACCAGAUGCUGAAGAAACAAGGGAUUGUAAAGCAAGACCCUAAACUACCAGUGGAUAAAAUUUUGCCUCCACCUUCUCCCUGGCCCAAGAGCUCUAUCUUUGAUGCUGAUGAAGAAAAGUCCAAGCUUCUGACAAGGCUUCUGAAGAGCAAUCACCCUGAGGAUCUUCAGGCUGCAAACAGGCUGAUCAAGAAUUUGGUCAAGGAGGAACAAGAGAAAUCAGAGAAGGUGUCCAAGAGAGUCAGUGCUGUGGAGGAGGUACGGAGUCAUGUGAAGGUGCUGCAGGAAAUGCUAAGCGUGUACCGCAGGCCAGGGCAGGCCCCACCAGACCAGGAGGCCUUGCAGGUCGUGUACGAACGGUGUGAAAAGCUGCGGCCCACCCUGUUCCGGCUGGCGAGUGACACCACAGAUGACGAUGACGCACUCGCUGAGAUUCUCCAGGCAAAUGACCUCCUCACCCAGGGAGUUCUGCUGUACAAACAGGUGAUGGAGGGCCGUGUCAUCUUUGGGAACACAGUGACCAGCUCGGUGGGAGACCUACCUGUCUCCAGAGUCUUUCAGAAUCCAGCAGGCUGCAUGAAGAACUGCCCUCUGAUCGACUUGGAGGUGGACAGCGGAUCUGAGCAGGCUGGGACUGUGGCACCAUCUUUGCUUCACCAGGACCUGGCAGCCUUAGGACUCAGUGAUGCUCCAGUUGCUGACAAGGUUGCCGGUCAGAAUUGCUGUGAGGAAAAGAGGAAUCCCACUGCCAGCACACUGCCGGGUGGUGGUGUUCAGAGCCCUUCUGCAGAAAAGAACUUGCUGGAUCUCCUCUCCCCACAGCCAUGUCCAGGGCCUCUGAAUUAUGUUCCACAGAAGAGUAUCCCUAAGGAAGUGCCCCCCGGCACUAAGUCCUCUCCAGGUUGGUCCUGGGAAGCUGGCCCGUUGUCUUCUUCCCCAUCCUCCCAGAAUACACCUCUGGCUCAAGUGUUUGUCCCUUUGGAGUCUGUUAAACCCAGCAGCCUACCGCCUCUCAUCGUGUAUGACCGGAACGGAUUCAGAAUUCUGCUCCACUUUUCCCAGACCGGGGCCCCUGGUCACCCAGAGGUGCAGGUGUUGCUAUUGACCAUGAUGAGCACUGCCACCCAGCCUGUCUGGGACAUCAUGUUUCAAGUGGCUGUGCCGAAGUCUAUGAGAGUGAAGCUGCAGCCGGCAUCCAGCUCCAAGCUCCCUGCAUUCAGUCCGCUGACGCCUCCAGCUGUGAUCUCUCAGAUGCUGUUGCUUGACAAUCCACACAAAGAGCCCAUCCGGUUACGGUAUAAGCUGACAUUCAACCAGGGCGGACAGCCUUUCAGCGAAGUAGGAGAAGUGAAAGACUUUCCAGACCUGGCAGUCUUGGGUGCAGCCUAACUUUUCACGAGACAGACCCUGCCGCUCGAGCUUAGGCCAGUGUGAAUGUUGCUGUCUAGAUAGGACUAAUCACGGUGAUUUAGUGCGGAGUGCCAAGAGUUCUAUCCCGACGUCAGGCUCUGGAUCCCAACCUCUGACUUAUUCUGCAGAUACUACUUGUGUGUGUGUGUGUGUGUGUGUGUGUGUGUGUGUGUGUGUGUGU